AUGGCCCCCCCCUCUCGCAAGGGCGGGGUUGGGCUGGAGACCAAGGAGGCCCUGUCGGCCAUCGUUCUGGCUGACAGCUUCACACAGAAGCUGCGCCCCGUCACCCUGCAGCGCCCCAAGGUGCUCCUCCCGUUGGUGAACACCCCCAUGCUGGACUACACUCUGGAGUGGCUGGCCAUCAACGAUGUUGAGGAGGUGCACAUCUUUGUCUGUGCGCACGCGGAUGCUGUGCAGGAGCACCUGAAGGCCCGGGGCUGGCUGGCCUCUCGCAAGUUCAGGGUGCACGUCGUGGUCUCCACCAACUGCCUGUCGGUGGGCGAGGCGCUGCGCGUCAUGGACAACCGGGACGUGGUCAAGUCGGACUUCAUCCUCGUCGCAGGCGACGUCGUGUCCAACAUGAACCUGCGCCCAGCGCUGGCAGCGCACCUGGAGCGCCGUAGCUCCGACAAGGCCUCCAUCAUGACCAUGGUCAUGCGGGGCGGGCUGUCGCCCGCGCACAUCCGCCGGCUGGGCGACAUGCCGACGACGGUGGUGAUGGACCCCACCUCCGGCCGUCUCUUCAAGUUCGAGGAGAGGGAGGAGGGCGGCGGCGGCGCGGAGGUGGAUGUGGCCCGCCGGCGACGGAGGCGCCGCUUCGUGCUGGACACCACCCUCUUCUCGGAGCGGGACUCUGUGCAGGUGCGGAGUGACAUGGUGGAGGCCUCCAUCUACAUCUGCGCCCCCGAGGUGCUCAUGCUCUUUUCCGACAAUUUUGACUACCAGAACGUCCGAAAAGACUUUGUCUCCGGGGUCCUGUCCGAGGAGGAGCUGGGCAACAAGCUCUUUGUCCACGAGCUCCGCGACGAGUAUGCCGCGCGCGUGCACAACCUGCGCAGCUACGACGCAGUUUCCAGGGACGUGCUGGCGCGCUGGGUCUACCCCUUCUGCCCCGACACCAACUUGAGCUCGGAGACGGAGUACCAGUUCCGGAGGGGCCACGUCUACAUGGACUCGCACGUGCAGCUGGCGCGGCAGGCGCGCGUCUCCCACGACUCCUGCAUCGGCGCGGGCAGCAUCAUCUCCGACGGCGCGCUGGUGGAGGCCAGCGUGGUCGGCGCCAACUGCGUGGUGGGCCCCGGCUGCGUCCUGCGCGGCGCCUAUCUGCUGGACGACGUGCGGCUGGAAGCGGGCGUGUGCGUGGAGGCCGCCCUGCUCUGCGACAGGGUGGUCGUGCGCGAGGGCGCGGCGGUGCGCCGCGGCGCCGUGCUUUCCUUUGACGUCGUGGUCGGGCCGGGGCACGAGCUGGCAGAGGAGGACGAGGCGGACGACUUCGGCCAGCCGCCGCCGUCGCUCGUGGCCGCGGCCGCCUCGCUGGCCGCCGGCAGCAUCCCCGAGACCGCGGUCGGCUUCGACACGGAUGUGGUCGGCGGUCUGGGCGCUGGCUUCGCCUGGGCAGACGACAAGGACUCCGCCCGGCACUCCCUCUUCCCCUCCGCCACGGGCCAUGCCGCGGGGGAGGAGGGCGAGAGCUCCGACGACGAAGUCAACAGUGCUGCGGGGGAGGCCGGCACCACCGACGCCGAGGUGGCGCAGGCCGUGGGCCCCAUGUUCAAGCGGGAGGUGGGGGAGACCUUCCUGCGCUGCGUCAAGGAAAGCAUCGCGCACGACAACGUGGUCAUCGAGCUCAACGGCCUCAAGAUCGCCGAGGACCGGACCUUUGCUGACUGCGCGCGGUACAUGCUGACCACGAUGCUGGGCCUGUGCCUGCCCGCGCCAACCAGCUGCCGGUCAGAGUACCGGGAGCUGUACACGCACUCCGCCCCCGAGGCGGGCAGCCGCGAGGGCCUGGUGGAGCUGCUGCAGCGCGCCAGCGCGCAGGUGCGGCGCUGGAAGGCCCUGCUCCAGAAGUUUCUGCGAUCGGAGGAUGACCAGGUGGAGGUCCUGCUCACGCUGGAGGAGUUUUGCUCCGCGGAGGGCGACUACGAGGCCACGGGGGAGCAUGGGCCCGUGUUUGCCCACAUCUUUGCCCAGCUGCUCAAGGCACUGUACGACGAGGACAUCCUGACGGAGGAGGCCAUACUGCAGUGGGCGGCGGAAAAGUCCCUGGCCGAGGAGGACGAGAAGGUCUUCCUCCGCAAGGCACAGCCCUUCCUCAGCUGGCUGCAAGACGCCGAGGAGGAGAGUGCGGGGAGCGGGAGCGAAGCCUCGUCCGAUGGGGAUGAAGAGGAGGCCUGA